GCUCAUGCAAGCAAAGACCUGGAAGAGCAGUUGCGGUCUGUGUCCAGUGUGGAUGAACUCAUGACAGUACUUUACCCAGAAUACUGGAAAAUGUUCAAAUGUCAGUUGAGGAAAGGAGGUUGGCAACACAACAGGGAACACUCCAGCUUUGACACAAGAUCAGAUGAUUCCCUGAAAUUUGCCGCAGCACACUAUAAUGCAGAGAUCCUGAAAAGUAUUGAUACUGAAUGGCGAAAAACUCAGUGCAUGCCACGUGAAGUGUGUGUGGAUGUGGGAAAAGAGUUUGGAGCAACUACAAACACCUUCUUUAAACCCCCAUGUGUAUCCAUCUACAGAUGUGGAGGUUGCUGCAAUAGCGAAGGACUCCAGUGUAUGAAUAUCAGCACAAAUUAUGUCAGCAAGACAUUGUUUGAGAUCACAGUGCCUCUUUCUCAUGGCCCCAAACCUGUAACUGUCAGUUUUGCCAAUCACACGUCCUGCCGAUGCAUGUCGAAGUUGGAUGUUUACAGACAAGUUCAUUCUAUCAUAAGACGUUCCUUGCCAGCAACACAAACUCAGUGUCACGUGGCAAACAAGACCUGUCCAAAAAAUCAUAUUUGGAGUAAUCAAAUUUGCAGGUGUUUGGCACAGCAUGAUUUUGGUUUCUCUUCUCACCUCGGAGAUUCUGACACAUCUGAAGGAUUCCAUAUUUGUGGACCAAACAAAGAGCUGGAUGAAGAAACCUGUCAGUGUGUCUGCAAAGGAGGUGUGCGGCCCUCAAGCUGUGGACCUCACAAAGAAUUAGACAGAUCGUCAUGUCAGUGCAUGUGCAAAAACAAACUUCUUCCCACUUCCUGUGGGCCCAACAAGGAAUUUGAUGAAGAUAAGUGCCAGUGUGUAUGUAAAAAGACCUGUCCUAAACAUCAGCCACUAAAUCCUGCAAAAUGCAUCUGUGAAUGUAUAGAAUCUCCCAAUAAAUGCUUCUUAAAAGGAAAAAGGUUCCAUCACCAGACAUGCAGUUGUUACAGACCACCGUGUACAGUCCGAACGAAACGCUGUGAUUCUGGAUUUUAUUUUAGUGAAGAAGUGUGCCGUUGUGUACCCACAUAUUGGAAAAGACCACUUAUGAACUAGUGAAGAGAGCACUACUUGCUAUUUUGGUGUACAUUUUUCCAUUAGAACAAAAGAACAACAGAAACUUUGCUAAUAUUUGGAAUUAAAUGUUCACCAGAGACCCUGUGGGGCUUUCAGAGACUCUCAUUGUGCUUUUCUCAAGAUGUGGAAAGCAAAUGUAGAAAAUAACUGGGGUUUCUGUUUUGUAAAGAACUCAAUAAGGACUUAUUUUCUGCCAAUGACCAAACAGCCUAGGUCCUCCUUCUUGUGAUUUUUUUUAAAGAGAUAAUGACUAUAUAAUUUAUUUCCACUAAAACCAUUGUGCAGCAUUUCUGUUUAUAGCAGUAACAAUUGUUAAAGCUCACUGUGAUCAAUAUUUUUAUAUCAUGCAAAGUAUGUUUAAAAUAAAAUGGAAAUUGUAUUAUGUAACGGUGAGAA